CUCUCUCUCUCUCUCUCUCUCUCUCUCUCUCUCUCUGUUUGUAUUUGAGGGAAUAAUGAAGUUUCUGUGUUAUCACAUUUUCUUAUUCAAGGGCAUUUAUCUUCUGUGGGCCUAAGAUUGCUGUGAGUGCUGAGAAUAAAGCAAGAAACAAAGACCAAAAAAAACAGAGGUUUCCAUGUGAUAGACAUGGACAGGUUACAACAAUAGUAUCUUGAUCAGAGGGAAAAAAAUGAACACAAACCAACAAACAAAAAGGGCAAACACAAAAAAGAACAUGCAAGCUAAGGGCAGUAGUGUCCCAUAGAAAUUACCAUGGUGACAGAAAUUCUUAUACACACAGGUUGUAGGUAGCUAUAGUAUACUAGAUUUAAGCUAAGUAUGAAUAAUAAUUGAAUCUUAAACUUUACCAAGUUUUAAUUAAUUUAGAGAGCCACAAGAGGCACAUACUUACGCUGCUGGAGAGUUACAAAAGUGAAGGUAUAUCCUGGGGAAGAGCAGCAUGCAUCUCAAAUAUUUAUGUUCAUGAGGCUGAGUGAGGAGGAUCAGAAGUUCAGGAUCUGCCUUGGCUAUAUAAUGAGUUCCUGCCCAUAUGAUCUCUUUCAAAAAUGAGCAUUUAUAUUCAUGCAGGGAUAACCAAGCUAGUACAACCAUGUAUGGUUAUAGUUAUAAGCAGAGUUAGCAAAGACAUUGGCUCUGAAAUUAAAUGGAAUGGAGGACAGUAUGGAUGCAUCUGUAUGUGGAUAAGAGGCAGGAGGUCAAGUCCCUGUGGGGAAUUGGAGACAUUACCCUAAAGUCUAAAAUAUUGUACAUUCAUUCUAAAUCUUACAUUUUAUAACAAUUCGUUUGGCUUUUAGUUUCUUCAAGUCUUUGUAGGCACAUACUUUAGCUGGAGUAUAUUAUAGGACAAAAUUUUACCAAGUUUAUAUAUAACUUCACCUGUACUUCAGUCCUUUAAGGUGCCCCUAUAUUUUCUUUGCUUACCCUAUUGGUAAGGUAUGCUACCCAUUCUACUGUAGGUCCAUCCUUACUCCAGCAAAGUUGUUCUUUUUCUGUCUGUCUGUCUGUCUCUUUGUCUGUCUGUCUCUCUCUCUCUCACUUUGUAGACCAGGCUGGCCUCGAACUCAGAAAUCCACCUGCCUCUGCUUCCCAAGUGCUGGGAUUAAAGGCGUGUGCCACCAUGCCCGGCUCUUUUUCUGUCUUGAGAGUGAGAUCAUCUCAAAAAUCAAAAAAAAAAAAAAAAAAAAAAGGAAACAUGUUAUGGGAAAAAAUAAUCCAAUUUUCAUAGGCUGACAAUUCUUUCAGAUUAAUGAGAAUUUUAGGUCACAUAGCUGAAGAAACUAGCAAGCAAAAUUUUUUCAAUUAAAAACACUAGGUGGGUAAGACUGUAUAGGAUGUUAAUGAAGCUUCAAGCAUUCAGAAUUAUCUUGACUUACAUCUCACUAAAGAAAUACUGUCAUACUUGAAAACUUCUUGACAUACAUAGAUAUUUCACUUUCACAUAACAGACUAUGAGACUAUUAUUGUAGAUUUUGGCUUUAUCAGUGAUUUCAUUUCUAAAAGAAGUCAGAUAACUCUAUAAGAAUAAUUAUUAUGCUCUCUUUCCAAAGUUUACUUUUAAUUAAGAAAAUGUUUAAGCAGGACUAUGGCUUCCUUUAAUUAAAUUCCUUUUUAAAAAUUGUCACCUCUUAAUCUGCUUUCUCUCUUCUCUAUUUCUUUGUUUCUUUUUCUCUUUCUCUCUCUCUCUCUCUCUCUCUCUCUCUCUCUCUCUCUCUCUCUCUCUCUCUCCCCCUCCCUCCCUCCCUCCCUCCCUCCCUUUCCUUCCUUCCUUCCUUCCUUCCUUCCUUCCUUCCUUCCUUCCUUCCUUCCUUCCUUCCUUCCUUCUUUUGUUAGUUUAGAUGCUGGUAAAUAUUCCUUACAUAAAGAAAAAUAAAGAAUAGCAAAGAAGAUACUAACAACCUUUGACUGUUAAUGUGCCAGAAUCUCUAAAGUGUGCUAUUGCUGGUCAUUUAUUAAUACUCAAUAAAUCAUUGAAAAAACGAAACUGCAUAAACUUACUUCCAGCAUUAUUACUUUGUACAUAAAUGCUAUAUGCUAUGCUACCUACAUUGCCCUUUUGACUUAAUUCACAUAGUACCUAGUGAUCUCUUUAUUUUUCAGAUAAAGAAAUUAAUAAACUGUACUAAUUUGCAUUACCAGAUUCACACACUUUAUAAUACCACCAAGAUACCACUUACAAUCUUUUGAACUGUAAAAAUCUGUUUCUCUUUGAGCUAAGAAGGUAGCUCAAUUAGUACAUUAUUUGUUUUACAACCCUGAGGACUUGAGUUUGAUCCCUAGCACUCAUGUAAAACUUCCAGGUGUGUUGGUGCACAUAUGUAAUCCUAUCAUUAAGGAGACAGAAGAAGGUUGAUACCUGGAGCUUACUUGCCAGUCUCUCUUAAUAUACAAGGUGAUCUGUUGGUCAGUGAGAGAUGGUGUCUCAUUAAAUAAUGUGGGUAGCUUUCUAAAAAUGACACAGGAGGUUAACCUUUGUCAUUCUCACACAUAUCAACAUAUAUGUGCAUGCACACACAUACCUCCCACGUUUCUUCUAUUAUAUAAAACAGGUAAUUAUUGUAAUUCACUAAUAUCUGGACUAUAAUAGUUUUACACUAUGGCUCUGCCAUUUGCUAUUUUUAUUUACCAUCUUGAACUGGAGUAGCUUAAUCUUGAUGACCUUACUUUUCUUGUUUAAAACAUUGAUUUAUUAAUUAUGUUGUCUACAAAAUGCUGAUGAAAUUCACAGCAUUAAAAUCGUAUUGUACUGCUUGAAAUAAUCUUUAUAAAAUGUAUAGGAAAAAUAUGCUUCAGAGUAGGUACUUAAUGCAUUUUUUGGCAAUUAGUGAUCGAUCAUUUUAUCUGACUUUCUUUACAUGUGCAUGCAGCAAGGAAAUUUUUGUUAAUUCUUUUAAGUUGUUAAAAAGUUUUUUGUUUGUUUGUUUGUUUGUUUGUUUUUAAGCCCCAAUGUUCUUUCUGUCUUUCCAACCACAUACUCCUUAGUUUUCAUCUUCUUAUAAUUUACAGAUUACAUGCAACCAGAUACCAUUAUUAAUGAACUCAUAGGAAAAUUGAUUAACAUCCUAAUGACUUCCUUCCCAAGAACUGAAAAAUAUCCUGGACUUCCUCACAAUUUCGCUGUCUGCUCAUGAUCAGUGUCUUCACAGAGAUUGGCUUUGGCAUCCUAUGGGCUGCUGUUGUUUGUGGUUGAGAGUGUCUUUUCGUUGCUCUUGUGACUUGUCUAUGAACUCUAUCACUCACUAUAUGCUGUCAAAUAUUGACUAGCAUGUUGAUGAUGCCAUUCAUUUUUAUUUUCUCUUUUGGUUUAGUAACUGUGAAAUUACACAUCAUAUGCCUUCUUUUCCUUCUCAAGGUCCCUAUCUGCAAUGUCCAGCCCAGUAAAGGUAACUGAAACCCUGUCUACCUUUAUUCUUCCCAAUAAUUGGUUGUAACCCUUUUUUAUUUAACCAAUAGCUUUAAAUUUGGGAGCAUGAUUUCCACAACAAAGGCCAGUUUACAGGAGAAUUCAUUCUAAGAUCUGGGGACAACCAGAUCUUAGAGAUCAGAAUUUAAGAUUUGGAUGGUAAACAGCACCUGACCAACCCCCAACACUUAAUAGUUAUGUAUUGAUAGAUAAAAGGGCUCCUGGAUGGUGCUCUGUGAUACAACACCCUCAUAGCAUAAUGAGGUCUGGGUUCUGUCUCUAUUACUUAAGAAUUGAACGAAGUGAUUAAUUAAGUAAAUACAUAAAUAAAUAUGAAAUAAAUACAAGAAAAAACGGGAUGGGGACUGUGUCUGUUUUAAACACAUCCAUAAAGGGCAACCCUCGAUGAGAUAUACCAACAGUCUGUACUUGAACGGUAAUCUUUUUACAUGGAAAAUUUCUCUUCUCAUUUACUCCAUGUGUUUUUCACAGGAACAAAAAAGAAAGGAAUGAUCUCAUUACCAGUUUUGGACAAAGAAAGCCAUGUUUCUCAAAUCAGAUCUUUUCUGUCUUGGUUUUCUUGAAUACUCUGCAAAUUUCUUUCCCAGCUCUUUGGCCUCAAGGCCUGCCAAAGAGCCCUUGUUUCCCAGAGCUCCCUUUAGGCUUUUUGCCUUCCUAGCAGUCCCCAAUUCUGCUCUUUGUCUGCCUCUCCAGCCAGUCCUCACACUGGUCCUUUCCCAGCCUGUCUUUGUGUUCUUACUCCAUGGGAACUCUUCCAUGGGCUCCUCAUGUUUAUGCAGUCUAGACCAGAGGAGAGCCUUUUAUUUAUUUCUUGGACCCAGCAGGGGUUUCCUGCUUGGUUUUCUGUGUCAGAAUCUGAGUUAAUUGGACUAAUCAAUCUAACGAAUUUUUCUUAAGUUAUUCUACUAUCUUAGCUCCAAGAGCUAGUCAUUGAAGCUAAUUGGUGGCACCCCCACGGGUUAAAUUUCACUUCACCAGGCAUGCUUUGUGAGGUCAUUUCACACACUGGAAAUAAUGCCUUCCUUCCAUCUGUCCCUUAAAAGGUUUCUGGCAAAUGUAUUUUUAAAAUUGCUAAGAUAGUGGGUGUGGAAAAGCUUGGUUUAGGAAGAUGGACACACAAGCGAGUUUAGAGCAGAUAGUGUAAAGUUUACCAGAAACUGAACAGAGGUCCCACUGUGUGCACUGAAUCGAACGCUCAUUAUCUCUACCCGAAGUUCUCCCUUUUCAUCUAGAAAGCACAGGCAAUACCUGUGCUGUGGAAAUAGAGUAAAGAAUUUUAAUUAAAAAUCGAUUGUGAAUGAGAUUGUUUAAUUAUUCUCAAAAUUGCGCUGCUGGUAGUAGUACACACAAAAUGAGUAGCAGAGGGAUCAUCGCAAGCACUAAGCGGAGUCAUUUGAAAGGGAAAUAAAUUAAGCAUUUGGCACUGAGUGAUACAUUGAUCUUAUGGGUUAAUGUUAAUUAUGAAGGUGUUACCCAGGGCCAUGAGGCUAUUCUGCACCAGAGUGUGUACAGGAAAUCUCUGUGGAGUGCCCACAACAAUUCACAUAUGAAAUAUGAAUCCUCCAGCUUACCAAUUACUCUCAAUUCAUUUUUUUCCUGGUAUAGUUGAAUCACUGACUAGAUACAAUACAGCAAAAAGAGUAAAGAAAAUGGCACUAAAAGCAUUCAAACUGAAGAACUUAAAUAACAGAAAAUUGUAGUCUCAAAAUACUGCAAAAGAGCAGUCUCUCUUAGGUCAGGAUGUGUCAAUGGGGCUCAGUCAGGGAAGGCAUCCUUCUGCCUUACACAGAACUGUCUUCUCACAGAGCACUUAUCAAGAGAGCAAGGUCUGUUCUUGCAAGGCUCAUCUAUACAGUGUGACUUAUCUUACCUCACUGACUUUCAUAAAGGCUUUCUCUCAGACAGUUGUACUAGGCUUUAUGCCUUUGACAUGCAUUUUAUAUGAACACAAUUUAGCCCACAGCAGGAGAUAAGAUAGGUCUAUGUUUUAAUAUAUUCUCAUUAUUCUUGUUUACUAGCUAUGAAAUUAAUCUUUGCCUACUAUUUUCUGAUUUUGUUUGGUUAAAUAAGUCACUAAAAGCGAUAUGAACUCUUUUCCCCUAGUUUUCAGUUUUUUAUUCUCUUGGCUACUCUGCAGACAAUAAUAAGGACUACAAAGCAUGUAACAUAAGACAAAGAACUUGGAAGGCAAUUGAUGCAAAAUCAACAUCACAAUCACUCAGAAGUAAGGAAAUACUACUUAUCUGCAUUCUCUUUAGCUGGUGUCUUUUAAACUGCUGGUGUCAUGAGAUAAGAAAUAUUUCUAUUCACAGCUUUCUAUAUUAACAAGAUUUCUGAUUAUUUACCAGACCAUCAUGAUUUAAUGAAGAUAGGUAAAAAAUUAAGAAUCAUUGUGCCUCUAUUGCAUACACCAACAAGAUUUUGCUGACAGGACCCUGAUAUAACUGUCUCCUGUGAGACUAUGCCAGUGCCUGGCAAAUACAGAAGUGGAUGCUCACAGUCAUCUAUUAGAUGGAGUAUGGGGUAGCCAGUACUAGAGAAAGUACCCAAGAAGCUGAAGGGGUCUGCAACCCUAUGGGAGGAACAACAAUAUGAACUAACCAGCAACCCCAGAGCUCUUGUCUCUAGCUGCAUAUGUAUCAGACGAUGGCUUAGUCGGCCAUCAAUGGGAGGAGAGGCCCUUGGUCUUGUGAAGAUUAUAUGCCCCAGUAUAGGGCAAUGCCAGGGCCAGGAAGCAGGAGUGGGUGGGUUGGCGAGCAGGGGGAGGGUAUAGGGGAUUUUCAGAGAGGAAACUAGGAAAGGGGAUAGCAUUUGAACUGUAAAUGAAGAAAAUAUCUUUUUAAAAAACUAAAAAUAAAUAUUAAGCAAAAAAAAAUCAUUGUGUCCACAUAAGGUUCCUUUAUUUUGCUUCCUAGGAAAGGCUGUUCCCAUAAUUGGAGGAAAAUAUUAUUCAGGUACUAUAUAGCAGAGCAAAGAUUGUUAGCCUCUUGACUCUGCCUGUAUUCUGUAGUAUACUCCAACAGUUCCCAAGCACUUGAUGUCAUCAUACGGAUGACUGCUAUUCCUAGCAAGUCCUCAUCUCCUUGAAUUAGCCAAAAUGCCACUCUUCCUGACCUCACUCAAGAAAGAGCAAACUCUGAGUAAGGAAUUCUAUGAAGAAGCAUCAUCAUCAAGCACCAUACUAUUAUAAGAACACAAUUAUUGUUUUGAAACACUGUUAUUAGAAAAACUCCCUGUUAUGUUCUUCUGUGAGGCAGAUUGCUACUCUUUCAUGGAAGGCUGCAGAACAGGUGUUCUGAGUUAGAUUUAGUUGUUAAGCAUUGUCAUCUAUUCGGGUUCUGUCAGUAAGAUUAGUGCAAGAUAACACAGGUAUCCUGGUUUCUAGAUGCUUAGCCUCUAGAGCUGUGUUUCAAUCCCAUCUUUUAUCCUCUUAGCAUCAUUUCUGGACUCUUUUUUCUUGAGAAAUGUUUCUAUUUGGAUAGAAUGUCUCACACUGUUUCUUGUUCCCAGCCAUUUUGAAGUGUCACAGAUUGAUAUCUCAGCAAAAGAACUCUGAAAUCUACUUGUUUGCUUUCCAAUCCUGACUCCACCAUUUGCUGAUCUUAGGACUGAGCAAUACACUUAGCAUUUAUGCACAGUAGUUUUUUCAUUUGAAAAAAAAAAAAAGACAUACUCUUAACAUUGACCUCUUUGCAUAGUUGCGAUUACAUAUACAAGUUUAAUAGAUUACAUAUACAAGUUUAAUAGAAUGUAAUUCCCAGGGGGCAUAGUUAGGAAAACAGGCUACCUGUCUCUUAUCUUUUCACUAGGUGUAAAUCCAAAAUGUCUCAUUUUUAUAGCCAUUUCAUUUACAAUCCCCAAGGAUUUAGGUUUUGGGAGUAACUUAAAAUUCUCUCUCUCUCUCUCUCUCUCUCUCUCUCUCUCUCUCUCUCUCUGUCUCUCUCAUGCUUUUAUUUUCCUGUGUUUUUGUGUUUAUCCUUAAAAGUUGUGUGCUUGUAUAAACCAUGGAAAGUUUGAAAGGAGCCUGUAAUUACUCAAGAGUUCUUUGCUCCUAAAUCCUCAACAACAAUCAUUUAGUUUGUUGUCAGAGCUAUUGUGCUUAAUUAAUAUUUAUGUACGACUUAGUGAAAUCAUGAAAAUUAACAGAUGUCCUUAUCUAAACAGGUGGUGCAUGUAUCAACAAUGGCAAUAAGAACAGUACUGCUGCAGUAGCACUUCUUUAUAUCUGAGUCAUUUCCAAGUUGAGUUAGUUAUCUUGGCUUUCACAUUUAUGUCCCAGCCUGGAAAGCACACAAUUGGGCCAAUAAACUUGGUUAUCAGUGCAUUCUAAGAUAUUCAUGUGAAAUGUGAACCUUAGUUUAUAUUUCAAAAACUAAAAUAUAAAGAGUAGCUGUCCUAGUUACUUUUCUUUUGAUGUGAUAAGACAUCAUUACCAAGGCAACUUAUAAAAGAAUUUAUUGGGGAAUUACAGUUUCAGAGGGUGAGUCCAUCACCAUCAUGGUAGGUAGCCUAGAAGGAUGCAGGUAUGCACUGAAGGAAUCCUAAAGGGCUUAUAUCUUGACUCCCAAGCAGGAGGACUAGUGAGAGAAAGUGUGUUUGUGUGUGUGUGUGUGUGUGUGUGUGUGUGUGUGUGUGUGUUAGUGGCGGUGCUGGUGCUGGUGGUUGGGAGUAGGGGGUGUCAGGCAGGCUUUUUGAAAACCUCACAACCUGCUCUUAAUGUUGCAACUCCUCGAACAGGGCACAUCUCAACAAUGCCACAUUUCCCAAUUCUUUGCACAUAGUUAUACAAACUGGGAACCAGCAAUUAAAUACAUGAUGUUGUGGAGCCCAUUCUCAUUCAAAACACCUCAGUGGCAUUGUCAGAAAGUUGUUAUAGUAUCUCACAGAAAAUUCCAGAAAUCAUAUAGAGUUGACAGGCUGCCUUUCUAGAAUGACUGAGGACACGGACUUCUUUGUUAUUAAAAUUGUAGUGCUUCCCAAGUCUCAGCCAGUUGUGUAUACAUUGUAGGAAACAGCAAGUAAAACAGUGUAAAAGGGCUCUAUAUCAACAAACACCUCUAGCUCAACAUCCCUUAUUCUGUGCUGUAUCAGUGAUGGAUCUCUAUAGGGCUUUUGGACAGAUCGUAUUCUUAGUCAUAUGACUCUCUCUGUUUGCAAGAUAUUCUUAAGAAUUUAUCAUUUUAUUUUUAUUUGAGGCUCAUUCUAUCUCCCAAAAUAAAAUUAACUUUUCACCUGAGAAAGGGAAAAUGUCCACUAAAUAGAUAAACAUCAAAUUUGAAAUGAAUUAUUAAUUUAGAAGCUGGUAUUUUUCAAUAUUAAGUUGUUAAGUUUGUUUCCUAUUUAAUACUCUUCCCUAUCCUUUGAAAUCAGUUUACAACUUGGAAUAAUUUUUACUUGGCUCAAGUCUAUUGAUCAUAGCACUCUCUCUUAAGAGGACUGAAUGACAAUUUCAUAAAAAUUCUGAUGGAAAUCCACUCACUCUUUCCUUCAGCUCCUAAAUAUAACACCACUUGUCUCCUGCAUACCAGAUACUAAUUCAGGUGUUGGGAAUAAGUGAGCAAAACAAAGUGAAAGUUAGUCUGGAGCGCUCGGGUGUUUGAUGGGGCAGCAUAGAUGGUAAAUCAGUAGCAAAAUUUAGACUGCAGUAAAUAGAGUGUUGGAUAAUGAAAACUGAUACUUACAAAAGGUGAUGGGGGUGAACAUCUCUGUAGAGAUAACCCAAAAUGCACACGCCUUCUGGGGAAAAAUGUGCUUGAAGGGGCUCAUCUUUCAGAGCAACAAGGGCACGGGAGCUGGACCUGAUGGAUGGAGAAAUCAGAUUUGUAGGAGAUGAGGCUUCAGAGACAAGUCUAGGGUGAGAUGGGAGGUGACACCAGAACUCCUUAUGAUGAGCUAGCACACUGUAAUUUCCCAAGCCCAAGAGAAUGCAAAAAUGUCUGGUUUCACUUUGCUGUUUAUUUUUCUCUUCUUCAGUUAUCCAGUUGUUGAAUGAUUGACUGUUUCUGCACAGGUUACUUCAUUAGACCUAGAAAACAAAACUGGAAUAGGAAAUAUUUUCCUAUUCUGAGCUUGAACUAUUUACUCUCUAGAGACUUUCAGUCAGCUCAGAAAGUUUAAAAGUCCUCAACUUUGUGCCUCUGUCUUCCAGCAACCUUCAUUUGCUUGGUUGGCAAACACGUUGCCUAUUUACUUCAUAGAGACCCCAAUGGAGAACAAGACUGUUUGAACUCCAGAAGGACCAACACCAGAUAAAUUAUGAAUGUUGAACAAGAUGACCUUACAUCCACAGCAGAUAAUGAUAGGUCCUAGGUUUAACAGGGCCCUAUUUGACCCCCUGCUUGUGGUGCUGUUGGCUCUUCAACUUCUUGUGGUGGCUGGUUUGGUUCGUGCUCAAACCUGCCCUUCAGUGUGCUCUUGUAGCAACCAGUUCAGCAAGGUGAUUUGUGUUCGGAAAAACCUUCGUGAAGUUCCGGAUGGCAUCUCCACCAACACAAGGCUGCUGAACCUCCAUGAGAACCAAAUCCAGAUCAUUAAAGUGAACAGCUUCAAGCAUUUGAGGCACUUAGAAAUCCUCCAGUUGAGCAGGAACCAUAUUCGAACCAUUGAAAUCGGGGCCUUCAAUGGUCUGGCCAACCUCAACACCCUGGAACUCUUUGACAAUCGUCUUACUACCAUACCGAAUGGAGCUUUUGUAUAUUUGUCUAAACUGAAGGAGCUCUGGUUGAGGAACAACCCUAUUGAAAGCAUCCCUUCCUAUGCUUUUAACAGAAUCCCUUCUUUGCGCCGCCUGGACUUAGGGGAAUUGAAAAGGCUUUCAUACAUCUCAGAAGGUGCCUUUGAAGGUCUGUCCAACUUGAGGUAUUUGAACCUUGCCAUGUGCAACCUUCGGGAAAUCCCUAACCUCACACCACUCAUCAAACUUGACGAGCUAGAUCUUUCUGGGAACCAUUUGUCUGCAAUCAGGCCUGGCUCUUUUCAGGGGUUGAUGCACCUUCAAAAACUGUGGAUGAUACAGUCUCAGAUUCAAGUGAUUGAACGGAAUGCCUUUGAUAACCUUCAGUCACUAGUGGAGAUAAACUUGGCACACAACAAUCUAACAUUAUUGCCUCAUGACCUCUUCACACCCUUGCAUCAUCUAGAGAGGAUACACCUCCAUCACAACCCGUGGAACUGUAACUGUGAUAUCCUGUGGCUCAGCUGGUGGAUAAGAGACAUGGCCCCCUCCAACACAGCUUGCUGUGCCAGGUGUAACACUCCCCCCAACCUGAAAGGGAGGUACAUCGGAGAGCUGGACCAGAAUUACUUUACAUGCUAUGCUCCCGUAAUUGUGGAGCCCCCUGCAGACCUCAAUGUCACUGAAGGCAUGGCAGCUGAGCUGAAAUGUCGGGCUUCUACGUCCCUGACUUCCGUAUCUUGGAUUACUCCAAAUGGAACAGUCAUGACCCACGGGGCAUACAAAGUGCGGAUAGCUGUGCUCAGCGACGGUACUUUAAAUUUCACAAAUGUAACUGUGCAAGACACAGGCAUGUACACAUGUAUGGUGAGUAAUUCUGUUGGCAACACCACUGCUUCUGCCACCUUGAAUGUUACUGCGGCAACCACUACUCCGUUCUCGUACUUUUCAACUGUAACAGUAGAGACUAUGGAACCUUCUCAGGAUGAGGCACGGACCACAGAUAACAAUGUGGGCCCCACUCCAGUGAUCGAUUGGGAGACCACCAAUGUAACCACAUCUCUUACGCCACAGAGCACAAGGUCGACAGAAAAAACAUUCACCAUCCCAGUAACUGACAUCAACAGCGGAAUCCCAGGAAUUGAUGAGGUCAUGAAAACAACUAAAAUCAUUAUUGGGUGUUUUGUGGCCAUCACACUCAUGGCUGCCGUGAUGCUGGUCAUUUUCUACAAGAUGAGGAAACAGCACCAUCGGCAAAACCACCAUGCUCCAACAAGGACUGUUGAAAUCAUUAACGUGGAUGAUGAGAUCACUGGGGACACGCCCAUGGAAAGCCACCUGCCCAUGCCUGCGAUUGAGCAUGAGCACCUAAACCACUAUAACUCUUACAAAUCUCCCUUCAACCACACAACAACAGUAAACACAAUAAAUUCAAUACACAGUUCAGUGCAUGAACCGUUAUUGAUCCGAAUGAACUCUAAAGACAAUGUACAAGAGACUCAGAUAUAAAACAUUUACAGUUACAGAAAACAAACAAUCAAAAAACAAAAGACAGUUUAUUAAAAAAAAAUGACACAAAUGACUGGGCUAAAUCUACUGUUUCAAAAAAGUGUCUUUACAAAAAAAAAACAAAAAGAAAAGAAAUUUAUUUAUUAAAAAUUCUAUUGUGAUCUAAAGCAGACAAAAUUAUGUGUAUUCCUCAGAACCUGUUUUUGCUGCACUUACUAUUUUCCCACACCUCCUCCCUCCCCUCCCCAAUUGCCAUAUUUUUCAUAGAUCUCAACUCCCCCAAAGAACUGGUCUAGGAAAUUUUGUAAGAAUUCUGUUACACUUUGAGAUUUUUAUGGUGAAUUCUAGUGGUGAGAUCCAGUCUAUUUUGUCUCUUUCUCUCUCUCUCUCUCUCUCUCUCUUUUUUUCAUUUUUUUCUUUUUCCUUCAUGCCCUUAUGAAAUAGUCAAAUGGGGAAUGCAAUAUUAGAAAUAGAUUUUUAAGAAAGAACGAGGUAAAAAUGCAAGAUCUUAUAUUUUUCAUGUAAUGACCUGUUCUGUAUUUAUGAGGAGGACAUUCUGUGGAGAAAGACAAAAAGUAAGCAAACAACAGAUUAAUUUACAUAUGAGCAUCUAUAAAACCCAUGACUUUUAAAAAGCAAACCUCUAGAACCAGAAUUUGUAGUUCAAAAGCUUAAAAUAAGAUUAUAAAUAAAAUAUUGUUGGUUUUUCUGUACCCGGACAUAGCUCAUUUGUAAUCUGGCUCAAAUGUGAGAAACCUGAAGGUAAUUAGAUUCCUUGUUUUCUAAGAAAGAUAACACUACUCUUUUAAUCACAGCAUCAUUUUCUACAGGUCUCUGCUGUUUUAUUUGACUUAAGUUACACAUCAGCAUUCAAACAUGCUAAGAUAUGCUUGCCUUCUCAAUAGGACUGCCCCUUGUAAAGCUUUCAGAUGAAAAGUUAACAAUUUACAAACCAAAUGUAAUUCAAGAAGGGAGAAAAUACCAGUAUGAUAUAUUUGCUUCCUUCUAAAGAAAACUCCACAGACCAGAUGAAAUAGUGCCACAAAAGAAGAGUCAUUCUUAAUUGCUCACAGUUGAAAAAGAAAUUUGAGUUCUGAGUGUUAGCAAAUUUGGUUCAAUUCAUUGAAAAUUAUCACAGAGCUAAAAUGAGCUAAAUGGUCACUUGGCUGAUGGGGGUCCACAAAUAGCAAGGCCUAGUUAUAUCCUGCCCUUGCAUCAUUUCCAGGGAUUAUUCUCACUGUAUUCCUAAGAACUGGCACUAAUUUUUGGCUGUUGGGUAAAUGGUAAUGUCCUGGGAGCUCUAAAUUGCAAAGUAUGAAAUUAUUAAUGAAGCUUCCUAACUCAUAGUUUCUCACAUAUUUAAAGUGGGGGAUACUUUUUUCCUUUAGAAUACAGACUCCCGGGAGGGUAAGAAGUCAUCACAAUGGAGCAUCAUGAAAUCAUGGGCACAUAUGAACAGGAAACAAGGCAGAUGAAAUCAAUGAUCAUUUACCAAAGAUUUCUUUUAAGGAGCUGUGGAAAUUUGAGCUAAGAGGACAGAAAAUAGCUUCCAAAAAGAAAGAAAACAAUGGUUGUGAAUGUUUGCAUUUUCUCGGUAUUUUCAUAUAUGUUGGGUAUGACUUUUAUCUUUAUGCCUGUGGAACAAUAUGUGGAUACACACACACACACACACACACACACACACACACACACACACGAGUUUUCUCACCUUCCUUGAAAUUUGUAUUCUCCAUCAAACUGAGAAGGCAACCAGCCAAUGACUGAACUGAGGAAAUCACAUCUUCCAGUGGAUGAGAGGCUUGAACACUUACAAGUACUUCUAGAGUCUAGACAUCAUGCCAAUUUUUGUGGUCUCCAGGUGUGAAAAACCAAUUAUUUCUAGCAGUAUAGGUUAGAAAAAUGAGAAAAAGAGUUAACAAAUUGAUGCAAGGACAGAAAAGUCCUUCAGUUACACACCCUUCUGCUUUUUUUUUUUCUUCUGUAUCCCCUUCUUCCCUUUUUCAAAAACUUAAUUUAGAUUUGCUGUUACUGUUCAGUAGACAGGAGCAAAGGGAAAGUAUAUAUUAAUUGUCAUUUAUUGUGUAUUGAGUACAUUUAAUACUUCACAUACAUGGCACAGCAUGUGGGAACAUAUACAUUCAAACAGACACAUACACUCAUACACAUACACAUUUUGAAUAUAAAACUAGUUCUAGUACAAAGAAGGGGUCACCAAUGAGUGAAGAAGUGGGUCUUGCCUUCUUUACUUAACUCUAUUCCAUUCCUGGUUUGUGUUUACAAACUUCUGUCUCUUGACUCUUUCAUAUUAAGCUUAUAAUUAUUAUAAGAUUAGACCUAAAAUGGUCCUAAUCAUUGACUACUUGGCAUGCCUAAACAGUUAGACAAAGUGUACUAAAUACAACAAAAUAAAACAAACUACAAACAAACAGACAAACCAAAAUCAUCGAGGAGAAAAUCUAAACUAUGAGAUACAUGCAACCAGAAUAUUACAGUAGCUCAAAUAACACAUUUCAGAAAUAAAAUAAAUUUAUGCAAGGUAUAAAUUCAUUAAAUCGAGUUAUAUAUCAAAUUCAAAUGUUACACAAGCAUUUAUUAUGGCAGCUAUAAGGAUUAGGAGUGGAGUGCUAUAAAGAAUAUAUAUUUUAAAGGAAGCUGAAGUUGAGUCAAAAUCUCUUCUGGUGAAUGUUAUGUACUUUUUUUUUCUCAUGGGCUUAUGAAUGACUUGGUAUGCUAGAGAAAUAUCCUGAUUUUCUUGAUGUGACAAAUACUAUAUGAUCACUUACAUAUCCUUGCAUCCAAACAAGUUCCCUGUAUAUCCAUAUUUCUAUCCUACAUAAAGGCAACUAAAUGAAUGGGUGAUUCUGAAAAUAUAUAUAUAUAUAUAUAUAUAUAUAUAUAUAUAUAUAUAUAUAUAUAUAUAUAUAUAUAUAAACCACACACCAAAAGUAUGAUAGCAUGUAAAAGUGUGUGUGUGUGUGUGUGUGUGUGUGUGUGUGUGUGUGUGUGUGUGUGUGUUUGGGGGCCAUAUUCACAGACAUUUCUGAAAAAAAAAAGGUUACUUUCUGGGAAUCAAAUCUUUAUUCUUGACUAAGACUAGAAUCUCAAAUUCUUCACUUGUGGCUAAUGUAUGUAAAUGCACAUACCUUGCUAAAAUGUUGAAAGAAAUUGGGUAUCUAAGACACAUAGAUAUCAGUAUAACUUUAAUAACUUUCUCUCAUGUCCCAAAUAUUUUGGAAUCAACGAUGUACAAUGCUUGAUAUAGGUCACUGGAACCAGAAACAGAGAUGAGUAAGAAAGAAAAUUAUUGCUACUCCAUGAUAUUUUUCAUCCUUAUAGUCAGAGAAGCAAAACUCUGGGUGGUAUUUAAGAUACUUAGACUAGGAUAUUAUGAAUAAAGUCAUACUAGAAAAGAACAAAAGAAGUGUUAUUACCUUGUACUGUGAAAGUAAUAAAGCAUUUUAAUAGCAGGACUUAAAGAAAUAUUAGAUCCAUGUUAGUGACUUUAAAAUACACAACCUUUCCAAGGUACCAACGUCGGAAAAAACAAACAACAAAACCAACUCCCCAGUCUGUCUUCCUUCAGAGUAUCCUUAAUGUUAUUUAGAGAAAUGAAAACCUUAGAUAAAUAUCUGCAAACAUGCACUCUGAAGUAACACAGUUUUUAAACAUCACAUUUAGUUACUACUUGCUUCAUCUUACCUGUUUCAACAAGAACUUUAAGUUAGUUGUCUAAUUCAGUAUCACGGACAUAACAGUAAUGCCUAGGAUAUGAGUCAUUUUCAGUAGGAAACCAGUUGUUUCUCUUAAAGUACAGUACCAGAAUGUCCAAUCUCUGAAAAAUAAUUGACCUGCUUCUCACAGUAUAUACAUCUCAUUAUUUGAUUAGAAUGUGAUAUCUGCAUAGCAGAUACUCUUGCAGAAAAAAAAUAUUUAAGAAGGCUAAAAGGUUUCCUUCCAAAAACUGAGACACCUUCUACUUUUCUUACUUUAAUAAGAUGGAAUCAGGAUUGCCUUGUGCUCUGUUGGGGCCUGAAGCAGCUGUGACACUGUUGUUUUUUCUACCAAGAUAAAGAAUGAGAUACAUCUGGCAGUGGGAGAGACAAAAGAGAUUUUCUAAAAUUAAUAUAGCAUACUGUCAAUCAGGACCUAAAUAUAGAUAAUGAAUGAAGCAUUCUCAGAAAGUGUGCCAGUUCAUACCAUAUUAUUUCCUAGGAAAAGCUGCCAAAACUUCUGAGAUUUCAAUCUUUCUUAACAUUGAGAAAUACAUACAAACUAUAUUUAAAAUCUUAUAGUUCAAUUUUAUAACAAUUGUUCAACAGUAGUAACACAACUGUUCACUUUUCUUUUGCUCAGAAUAAAUCAAAAAAAGGAAAUGGAUGUUUUCCUGACAGAGACAAUGAGUGAAGCUAUUUUGACAAAAGUUUUUAGUAUGAAAAAACUGGCAAAAUUUAUGCACUGAAUGAUCUAUAUGUCCUCUACACAAAAUGCAUAACCCAACACCCAUGGAAAGUCAAAUUGUUAAAAAAAAGUUUUAUUUUUUAUAUCUCCUCCAUAAUUUAUUUUCUCGAUCAUUAAUAGUGUUUUUUUCAGCAUGUGAUAAGGAAUUCAGCAUUUUACCCUUGCAAAUACCACCAAUUCUAGCUUUAUUUGAUUGCCAGAAGUAGUAUGCUUAUUUUAUUUGUAUUUGGUAGGCUACUUUCCCUUUUUUAAAAGAGUGUAGUCUCCGUGGAGAAGCUGAAACCCAAUCUGAUUUAUGAUUUCUGACACGGAAAACUUUCUAGCAUAUCCUCUUAAUUCAACCAUGGUUUUGAUAUCACGAUGGAAACCUAUCUGACCAUUACUUCCUUAUCUGUGGAUAAAACAAGACAAGACAAGACAAAACAAACAAGACAAGACAAUAAAAAAACAGACAAACAAACAAAAAGAUUAUGGCGAAAAUCAGUUAAUCUCCUUAUUUAUCCAGACCACCCAUUAAAAAACAGUAACAAAUCAUGAAGUCUAGUAACAAAUUUUCAAGUACAUCUGCUGGCUUUGUACCUUGUAUAGUUCUCUAUGAGAAAUAUAGAUGAAGAUAAAAAGGGAAAGGACAGAAAUAUAGAUGAAAUAAAAGCAUAAAUGGUACUAAGGUUCCACUCACUGUAUUAAAGUAUAAACAAAGUGUUAUUAUAUACUUUGUGAAAUAUACUCUUUGACCUUAGCUCUAUGAAAUUUUUAAACAAAUAAUUUUUAAUACUUGGGAUAUAUGAGGUAACUUUUGGUAAUGCAAUAAUUAUAAAAAUUGUAUCUUAAUGAAAGUUGUACAAUUCCUUCUAGGCAAUAUUGUUAUUUCUAGUUUUAAAAAUUAAGUGUUACAACAGGAGAGAGGGAAGGGUAAUACAAGUUUGCAAUUCAUAAGCCCUCAAGGAGGUAACUCAAGUUUAAAAGGUUUUUGUGAGUGAUUGGACUCUUGGAAAAUGAACUUCACUUAAUUUGAAUGUAAGCACAUCAGGUUACUCUGCACUUGCAUCUGAAACACUCCCCAGCCUUGCGAACAAAGCACUCUGAACAAAUAAACGGCAACUUUGUAUACCCCA